AUGGAAUCCCUUUGGAGACUUGUGUAUUUGCUAGAGCCUGCUCCGGUUACGCUUAUCACAACCGCUGUAGCUGUGACAUUUGGAGCUGCUUUUCGAGCUCUAAAUUAUGGGAAAGAAAUGGAGCGGAAUCGGGUUAUGUCGGAAGCGUCCAUUACAUUGGAUAGGUCUCAAGCUUUGAUGAUCCCGGUUAUGAGUUCUUGCAGCUUGCUUCUAAUGUUCUACUUGUUCACAUCAGUCUCGCAGUUUCUCACGAUAUUCACUUCCAUUGCUGCUGCGACGUCCCUUUUCUUCUGCCUUUCUCCUUAUGCUGUGUAUCUGAAGUCGCAGUUUGGUUUGGCUGAUCCUUUUCUUUCACGUUGUUGCUCUAAAUCUUAUACACGAAGCCAAGGAUUGCUAUUGUUUACAUGCACUUUUACUGUGGUUGCUUGGCUUGUUUCUGGUCAUUGGAUACUGAACAAUUUGUUAGGCAUAUCUAUAUGCAUUACAUUUGUAAGCCAUGUGCGUCUUCCAAACAUCAAGAUUUGUGCAAUGCUCCUCUUUUGUCUAUUUGUGUAUGACAUUUUCUGGGUUUUCUACUCUGAAAGAUUUUUUGGGGCAAAUGUUAUGGUAUCUGUGGCAACGCAGCAAGCAUCAAAUCCUAUGCACACAGUUGCUAAUAGUUUAAGUCUUCCUGGGUUGCAAUUAAUAACAAAGAAAUUGGAGUUACCGGUAAAGAUUGUCUUUCCAAGAAAUUUGUUGGGCGGUGUUAUUCCAGGGAAGAGUGCAUCAGACUUCAUGAUGCUUGGUUUAGGGGACAUGGCUAUCCCGGGUAUGCUCUUGGCUUUGGUCCUCUGCUUUGAUUAUCGCAAAAGCAGGGAUACAAUAAAUCUCAGUGACUUACACUCUUCAAAGGGGCACAAAUACAUAUGGUAUGCGUUGCCUGGAUAUGCCAUUGGUCUGGUUACUGCUUUGGCAGCUGGUGUCUUGACCCACUCACCUCAACCUGCACUCCUCUAUCUGGUGCCUUCUACUUUGGGACCUGUAGUUGUGAUCUCUUGGAUGAAGAAUGAUUUACUCGAGCUGUGGGAAGGAAACAUUCCAAAACUAAAUGAUAAGAACCGCGGAGUAGAAGUUUAG